CACCCACGAUCUGCUCAGAUCUCGACCCCACACGAUCACUCCUAGCAGACGCGCACACACUCACGCACUCACGCACGCGCGCGCGCACACGGAUAAUCACUUCCGAGGGAGGAUGACCCACCACUUUGCUCGGCCGCCUGGCGCCGAUAGUGGGGGCGACAGACGUGGCUUCCAGGGAGACAGCUCUCUUCAUCAAGAGCCAGUCGGUGCGGAUGGCAAGCGUUCGGGGCAUGCGCGACUCCAAUGUCUUCGGCCAGGCUGCGGGAAGACGUUUUCAAAGUCAACGCAUCUUCUCCGACACGAGGCCAUCCAUCGUGGGACCAAUGUGAGGAAGUGCCCGCUCUGCGAAAAGUCUUUUUCGAGGCCAGACAGCCUCCGCCGGCAUCGUCAUCUCGUCCACGGCGAGGAGGAAAGCUCUUUGGCUUCUACGUCGGCAGCAGCUGAGCCUGUGCAGCAGGGUCACCAGGACGGACACGAGCCAAGUGACAUUGUCCAGAGGCGACGAAAGACGAGCGACUACUCUGACGUCUACGACCAUGGCCCUUCGCCCACGUCCGAGGGGCAGCGAAGCUGGUACGGUGCGCCGACGUCGUCGGUGCGGACAGGACCCGAAUUCGCUCCAUUUGCAAGUAGCUCCAAUGGCGCCGGCCGGGCCUCUGUGGACCUGUACGAGAACCAGCAACCGAGCCACAAUAUUGCCUCGCCCAUCUCGACGCUGAUUCACAGCAGCUCUCCUCCUCAAGGCUUGCACCUUGUGGCCGAAGCCGCCGUUGCUGCUGCUGCUGCUGGCGGGCCCCUUCAUAACAGCCACAAGGUCGCCCGCCAUGCCGCUCAUCCCUCUCCUCUGCACCAGGGUCCCUAUCAGUCGCACCAUGCUGACCCCGAUGCACUACCACGAUCGCAUUUUCACGAGUCCAGAUUCCCCGCUCCAUCCCUUCCGAUGCCUCAUGCGCCGUCCCCAUCGGCGGCCGAACCUAUGCCUCACCGUUCAUUUCAUCAUCAUCAUGCUCCGCCUCCGCCGCCAGCAGCGGCUGCUCCGUCUCAUCAACAUCCUCAGCCUAGUCAUGGCGGCCCGACGGCUAUCGAGACAUGGCCAGAACAGGACCAUAGGCAUGGAUCCAUGGCGAUGCAAGGCCUGGACCACAGCUCUAAUCCGCCUGUGCAUGCGCCAGCCUCCAUUGGUCCCCCGCCACCCAUUGACAAGCUCGGCAGCGACUUUGACCUGAGCGACCUCAAUACCGGUUUCGGUUUCGUUAAUGGCGCUGACUGGUCUCUGCUCAACAACGUCUUUCUAGAGGCCAAUCUGCUCGAUGUGCCCACUGACACGAUUGGACAAUCAGUCCUUGAUCAUCGCGCUCUUUCUGUCAAUCUGGGCGGAGAUGGGACAAGGACGCCGACGGAGCCAAAACACAUCGACACGGAGGAGACCGCGGCUGCUGUCAGCAAGCUCCGCUCUCUUUUGACCAGCGCGGUCGAAGGAAAGGAUCUUCCUCAAACGCCCAAGAGAUUGGCGAACACAAUGUUUCGUCAAUUCCUCGCCCACUUUAUGCCGUCAAUGCCGGCCUUUCACGAGGGCCUCUUCGGGCGGGAUGGGACGAGUCCUGGCCUGCUUCUCACAGCCAUCUCCAUGGGCUCUCUCUAUGUCGGAUCGACGGAGGCCCUCACGCAAGGAGUGUCGAUGUGGCGACUGGCUGGCUCUGCAAUCUGGGGCGCUUGUCUCUUCGCUGGUCAAACGUCGACGCCGAGAAAUUUGGCAGAGUUGAUGCGCAUGUGCAUCAUCGGGCACGCUUUUGCCAUCAUGGGUGCAGACCGCCAAAUUUACCAAACGGCUCGACUAGUUUUUCCACUGGCGAUUUCGGCAGGUCACGAGUUGGGCCUCUUUUUGCGAAAGAAGACCAACUCAACAUGUGUAUGCCCGCCUGAGCUUGCAGGGUGCCAGUAUAUCGAGACGGCCGCGCAGGAAGACAUUCUCCAGCAGCUUUGGCGCGCCUGGGUUCGAGAACAGGAGGAUCGUCGCGUUGUGAUUGCGGUGCACGUCUACGACUCGCAACUGAGCUCGUUCCAGGGCACUCCGCCAUUGAGCCAGCACUUCGUCCUUGACGUGGAGGAGCCCGACAACGAUCGUCUGUUUGCUAUCGAUAGCGCUCGGCAGUGGUGGUCUGCUAUCCGGCUUUGGGAGACGGGCGAGAGACGUCUGCCAUCCGUGUCCGACUACUACCAAUGCCUGUUCAGCAAAGCGUCCGGGCCGAUCAAGCGCGAAAGAGACGGUGCAAAUGGAGCUUCUGUGACAAGCCAAUGGGAGCCAAAGUCGAUCAUGACGAUGUAUGCGCUCCUUGAGGGCAUCAACUCAUCCGUCUGUCUCCUCCGAAGACGACCGCAACCAGGCUUGCCCACUACAGGCGAGCUAAUGUGGGCUUUGAAGAAAUGGUCAGAAAUCUUGAUGGGGAUUCAACACGACGACGACGACGAUCGCGAGGGCGCCUCACUCCACAAGUCAGACCCCAUGUGCUUGUGGACGCGGUGGCACGCGUUGCAUCUCAGCCUGCUCGUGCCCUCUUUCGAAGAGGUUUUCGACUAUCUCGAUCGUCAGCUUAUCGGCGAUCCUUCCCACCCUGUUGCCUCUUUUGCCCACUCGGAAGGCCAUCGGCGCGCACUAAUUCAUGCCGGCUCGAUCUGGCACCUCUUCAACACAGCCAAGCGGGGCCUCCUCGUCCUUCCACACGUCCUUCACGCCCUCUAUCAGGCCACCGCUGUCUUCCUCUUGGCGGCCGACUACAAGAUGCCCAUCGAGAGCGGCACAUCUUCGUACGAGCUCCUCGAGCCAUUCCAGGUUGGACACACGGGCCACGACCUUUGCAAAAAGGCUUUUGUAGGGUCCGGCGGGGUAGCCCUGCUCAAUGGCCUGCCAAUCGAACGCGACAAUCGUAAUAUCAAGGACCUGCUCCGUACGCUCGAUUUUGUCGGUGGAGGCGACGAGGGCACCCGCCAUGUCGUCUUUGGCAGGCUUCGAAAGAUCUUCUUUGGGUCCGUUAGUGCUCAUCAGCAACAGCAACAGCAACAGCAGCAAUCUCACCAUCACCAUCAACAACAUCAUCAUCAUCGCCAUCAUCAACCACAGCCGCCAAAUUCCCAAGUACAUCGGCCUUAGGACACCGACCCGGGUCCUCAUAGCCACCUUCUUCAAUUUGUAUUCAUAGCAGUCAGUGUCUUUCCUAUCCAAACAGAUGUUAUCCAAUUGAGUAAGCAGGGCAAAAGUCAAUAUAUAAAUG